AUUUAUUCAGGCUUUUUUUUUGUACAACAAGGAGUCAUUUGUAAGCAUUGGAAACUUUUAUUUUACUACUAAACAAGUUGUUGGUGGCUGUCGUGGCCGACCACUUGAGCGAAUGGGGUAACAGACGAAAAAGGAGGGCAAGAGGACGACUGAAUCUGGCACGCAGUGAACGUGUUCGCGCCGCUGCCGCCCUGCCAGAGGAUUUGUGCCUGUUGCACUACACCUGAGUAAAGAGGCCGACAGGACGACUGAAUCUGCUUCUCACCAAACUUGAUGGACCUCUUCAGGAAGAAGAGCGGCUUCAGUGGGCAGCUUCUAACUGACCUUUUACGUCAGACAAGGACCAGUGAGCCCACAGACAUCAGGUGUCUUUGUCUUCGGGGACUGCCAGUCAUCUUGGGGUAUGACCCAUCUGCGUUCUUCAAAACCUGUUCGGCUGCAACUGACAAGGACAGUGAAACUCCAGUGGGAAUCCUCUGCAUUGACGAGCAGCCUCAACUCAACCCAUCCAGAGUGAGCGUCAUCUUGGAAGGACUUGUGGCGAUGGAGGAGCUGGCCAACCUGCCACAGGCUUUCUGUGUCCUUUUGGGACGGAUUUAUGCAUUGCACUUGGAUUACCCCAAGUGCUUGAAAAACACCCUCCUCUUCAUUCAGCAGGUCAUGCUAAACCUGGGCACAGGAUGAAGGAUUCCGGGGGAUUCUUGGUCCUGCCGUGGUCCAACAGUGGUGCCGCCGCAGAGCCGGGAGAGGAGAACCGGACCGGACUGCUGCUGAGAUGUGGAGCAGUCCUGGGACUCAGCCUGAUCUGUUUUGCAGUGAUGAGGAGGUGGAUAGCUGGAGGAGUAUGCCGUUGUUCAGUUCGCCUGGAUGGAAAAACCGUUUUGAUCACUGGAGCAAACACAGGCAUCGGCAAAGAGACGAGCAGAGAUCUAGCACGCCGAGGAGCACGGGUUGUGAUGGCCUGCAGAGAUCUGACCCGAGCGGAGCGGGCAGCUGAGGAGAUCCGGCGGUCCACAGGAAACGGAAACGUGGUGAUCAGACACCUGGACCUGUCCUCGCUGUAUUCCGUCAGGCAGUUCGCCAAAGACUUCCUGGACAGUGAGGACAGACUAGACAUCUUGAUCAACAAUGCAGGAGUGAUGAUGUGUCCAAAGUGGUUGACAGAAGAUGGCUUUGAGACUCAGCUGGCCGUCAAUCACCUGGGUCACUUUCUAUUGACGAAUCUUCUGCUGCCAAAGCUGAAGAGCUCCGCCCCCAGCCGCAUUGUCAACGUGUCGUCCAUUGCACACCGAGGAGGUCGUAUCGACUUCGAGGAUUUGUUCUUCAGCAGAAGGCCCUACAGCGCUCUGGAGAGCUACAGACAGAGCAAGCUGGCCAACGUGCUGUUCUCCAGUGAAAUCGCCCGGCGACUCAAAGGUUCUGGCGUGACGUCCUUCUCGCUGCAUCCCGGAGUGAUCCGCACUGAGCUGGGCCGACACGUGGAGGGCUGGUUCCCCAUGCUGGGGGCGAUCCUGAGGCUGCCAUCGCUGCUGCUCAUGAAGACACCGUGGCAGGGUUGCCAGACCACCCUCUACUGCGCGGUGACACCAGGACUGGAAGACCGAAGUGGGCAAUACUUCAGUGACUGUGCAGAGCAGCAGGUGGCACCAGAGGGGCGGGACGAGGCAACGGCCAGGAGACUCUGGGAGGAGAGCGCGAAAUUGGUGGGAUUGAAGGAAACAUGCUGAGCUGCAGCGCCCCUUCAGGACAGAAAUGACUGAUGUAGUAAUUCCAAUGUUUUCUCUGUUUGAUCCAACGACACCUACUAGAAAUAGACAGUGAAGUUAUGGUGAGUGUAGCUUUACUGUUCAGGCUAAAAUCAGCAUGUUUUUUUUAAUCGAAAUUCAGAAGAAGAUGUUUUGUUGUUGUUGAUGAUGAUGAUGUUUACU